GCGCGUUGUAUGGAUGAGGGAUCGAGUGUAUGCGGCUCUCGGGCUGCAAGACGGGGGCCUGUUUCGGGAGCUGCUGGCGAGGGAGGAGGGGCGGGCGGAGCGGGAGCUGCUGGCCUAUCUGGACCAGCCAGCCGAGCAACUCCAGUCCAGUGCCAUCCUCUUUCUCGCCCGCAAGGUCGUUGUGGACGUGGAGCAGGAGGAGGAACCGGAAGAGUCUCUGGUAGGAGGAGACUCGGAUGAAGAUGAGGAUGGCCAGGGAUCAGGUCCCACCAGUCAAGUAACUGUUGACCAACAGAGCAAGGAAGCAGAGGAAUCUGGUUCGGAAGUUGGUGCGAGUGUGUCAGUGGCAGCAAGUAGUGUGACGGGAAAAUCUCAUGAUACUGAAGCCGACAAACAAGACGAACCCCAGCAGUCUGUACUGAGGAAGAAGACUGUUCAAGUGGAGGAGCUCCAGCUACAAAUGACCCACAAACACCUCCCGACAGAGGACGCUGCCUCUUCCUCUCCGGCCUUCUUCUUCAUCCGUGCCACCCCAGACCCCGUAUCCUGCCCCUCGUCACCCGAGGAGGCCACGGGAGUCCUGGCCGGCUGUUUUGAGCUGGGGACGGUGGACUGUGGACAUCCCCUGCAGUCUCUCGCCCAGACUCUCGCUCAUCUCUAUGUACCCAUGCUCACCAUUGCAGGGCAACGUAGUGUGGAUGAUGAGGUGGGCAAGAAGUCUUCAUUAGCUAGCAAUCAGUCAGGGGGCUCCCCAGACCGGCCCGUGAGGACCGUCUCCUCUCGAAUAAAGAACCUCAUGAGAGAUGAACUUCUCAUCAACGUUCGCAAGUUUGAGACGCAGGUGAGUCAUGUCCUGCAGCAAGUGGAGGGAGAGAUAAAGCUGAAGGUGCCAGACAUUGACCUGGGAGAGGACCCUGGUGUCCGUGGCCAGCGAGGCUCCGGUGGUGGCCCAGCUAGAGAAGACCAUGGAGGAAUGGAGUCAAAUCCUCUCCUCCGUCGUGGAGACCCAGCUCAACAAGACACCCGGUGCAGACGGUCCGCUGGCCGAGGUCGACUUUUGGCGGGAGAGAAACUCUGUCCUGGGGAUGUUCUACGAGCAACUAAAGUUGCCACAGGUGCAGAAGGUCAUGGUGGUUCUGAAAACUGCAAAUUCCCCCAUCUACUCAAACUUUGAGUACCACCGCACGGAGCUGAACCGCUACUACACAGAGGCCAAAGACAACGUAAAGUUUCUCGGAACUCUGGAGAGGCAUUUCAAGAACUUGGCCCAGGGAGCCAAUUUCUCCAUUGUCCUUGACACGCUCCCCAACCUGAUGAACUCCCUGCGGAUGGUGUGGGUGAUAUCGCGACACUACAACACGGACGACCGCAUGGCUCCGCUCAUGGAGCGCAUCGCCUGGGUCCUGUGCGAUAGAGCCACCACUGUCAUCAACCACAGGAACAUCUUCAAACACAGUCUGACAGACAUCAAGGAGAAAUCCUCCGAGGCAUGUCUGAUGCUGGAGACCUGGAAGAAGUCCUACCUGCAGGUGAGGGAGAAGAUAGAGCAGUCGGGAAGAGACACUCGCUGGGAGUUUGACCGCAAGAGGCUGUUUGAGCGCUCCGACCACAUUGCCCAGGUCUGCAGGGACAUCUGCAAGAUUGCCCAGAUAAUUGAGGAGUUUCGCAACAUAUUUGGGGCGGAGCUAAAGGCGGUGACGGGGAACCCGGCAGGCAUUGAGGCGGUACUGCAGAAAGUCAACAAUCUCAUGCACGAUAUCGAGACAGUGCGCUUUGACCCCUUUGACCCCGCCCAGCGGCAGAACUGGGCGAGUAAGAUGGGGCGGUUUCAGCAGGAGGUGAAGCUCAUCGAAGAGGAGGCAAACCAGUUCAUCAACAACUCGUUCCAGUCCCUGCGCUCGGCCGAGGGAGCCUUUGAGAUGAUGAAGAACUUCAAGCACAUGUGCUCGCGAGCGGCCAUCAACGAGACGAUGAAGAAACAGCUGAAAGAGAUCCUCACAACUUUCAUGAAGGAGGUGGACGCCAUCAAUGACCUCUUCCAGGAGAACAGAGAGAGUCCCCCGGUGUCCAAGAACCAGCCGCCGGCCGCGGGGGCCAUCAUGUGGUGUCGCUCUCUGUUCCAGAGGAUCAAGGGCACCGUCCUGAGGUUCCAGACCAUGAAGGAGCUCUUUGACAGCGAGACCGGGAAAGCUGCCAGCAGGCACUACCUGAGUGUGGCCCGGGAGAUGAAGCAGUUUGAGGACGACGUGCACACGCAGUGGGUGGCCAAGAUGGAGGAGACUCUCCCGGCCCUCCUCAAGAGACCCAUCAUCUGUAAGCCGCCGCCCACCCCCGCCCCGGCGUCCACGGCCCAGACCCCACUGCCGGGGGACUCCAGGAGUGCCUCUCGGGCUGCAGACUACUCACAUAUCCUGCCUCCACUGUUGCCGGCCAACUGUGAGUUUGUGGUGAACUUUUCGCCGGAGCUGUCGGUGAUAAUCCGGGAGUCUUGCUGCAUGGAGAAGCUGGGGUUCCACGUCUCGGACCUGGCCCGCAACGUGGCCCUCCAGGAGGAGAAAUUCUUGGAGUACUGCUCCGGACUGGAGAACAGCCUCUCUCGCUACCACUCUCUCCUUGCCUCACUCACUGAGGCCGAGACGGAGCUGCUGGGAGACCACAUCCGGACACUGCAGCGGGCUCUGAGAGCAGGGCUCAAGAGACUCAACUGGAACUCCCUCGGGAUCCACGAGUACAUCGCCAAGUGUGAAAAGAGUCUCACCAAGUUUGAGUCCCUGGCCAGCCAGGUCCAGAAGAAUGCCGGCGACAUCCAGGAGAGGCUGCACGUCAUUGAGAGUGUUCGUCUCUUCAAACAGCCUCCAGCCAAGCCUGGAGCCGACCUCAUGGAUGCCAAGGACUACUAUGACUUCCAAGAGGAGCGCAGACGCAGUGUCCUGGGCUCUCUCGGCAGAAAGUACCACGCCAUAGGCCCACUCCUGGUCAAGGUGGAGGGACUGGUGGUCCAGUCCAACACGGGCAAAUGCCCCAGACUGGCUCGCUACUAUGAACACUGGGAGGCCAAGGUCUUCCAGUCCCUUGUCAAGAUGGUGCUGAAAAACAUGCAGUACUACAAUGCUCUCCUGCUGUCAGGGACCCCUCUGUUUGUGGUCGGUGUUCUACUGUCUCCUCCAGACAUUGCCCUCUUCCCUCACUGCAACGAGCUCCAGGGAAUGAUGAUCCAUGCUGUCAUCGACAUCGUGGAAGGCACCAAGAGGUUUCCUCGCUGGAUGAGGGGCUCUUGCAUCGAGGCCCUGCCCCAGACUGUUCCCGGCCAGGACGAGCCGGUCAGGUUCACCUUCUUCAGCGACGUGAGUGUCCACCCCGAGGUUAACUGAGAUGGGGCUCCACGUCAAGGAUAGCAUCCGCUGUGGCCUCUCGCAGCUCGUCACUCACGCCAACUCCUGGAAGAAGUUCAAACUCUUGUGGAGAAUGAAUAGGGAUGUGAUGCUGGAGAAGUUUGCCCAGCGUAAGCCGUCGUGCGAGGUCUACGAUGAGAAGAUGCACUUCUACUCUCGAGUGGUGUCAGAGGUGGAUGCCCAGCCGGCGGAAAAGGAGGUGGAGUUUGCUCGACUCAACCUGGUCCCCCUUGCUGCCUCGCUGCGGGAGAACGCCCGGCAGUGGGUGAUGGCUCUCGGGAAGAGACUAAACGAUGCUGCGAGGACCAAACUGACUCAGCUACGAACUGAGCUCGAGACAAGCUCGGCCAACCUGGACAGGCCGUGUGGCGAGCAUUUGGAGGAUCUCAAGUUUGUCCUCAGCGAGAUUGCCAACAUCAGGAGAAUAUCACUCGAUGUGGAGCUCAAGUACAGAGACAUCCAGGAGUGUUACAGAACUCUGGCCAUGUACCAUCUCCCGGUGGCCCAAGAGGAACAGGGGUGGUGCACCGAGCUGGAACCACAGUGGGUGGACCUGGCAGCCAAGGCACGCCAGAGAGACCGAGAUAUCAUACCCGACAAGAAAAGAUUCACUGUGACGACUCAAGAGCAGGUGAAGACAUUUCAGGCCAAGUCUGAGGAGUUCAAUGUCAGAUUCAAGACUGAGGGCCCGACGUGUGUUGGCUCUGACCUUGACAAAGGAGUUGCCCUGCUGAAGGAGUACCAGACCCACUACUCAGAGUUUGAGGCCCAGCGAGGAGAACUGACCAACGCCGAGAAGCUGUUUGACCUGGCCAUCACUGGGUACCCUCACCUCCUGGAGGUGGAGAAAGACCUCAAGAACUCUGCCCUUGUCUUUGAGCUCUACGAGGCACAACGGUUGGCUCGAGAGGAGUGGUCAGGGACACUGUGGGCUAAUCUAGACAUCCAGGUCCUCACGGACGGAAUCGAAGAGUUUAUGAAGAGACUGCGCAAGUUCCCGAAGGAGGUGAAGGCUCUGGCAGUGUGCCACGUGCUGGAGGAGAGGAUGAGGGAGUUCAAGGACUCCAUCCCUCUCUUUUCCGACCUCAAGAACGAUGCUCUCAGAGACAGGCACUGGGAGAAGCUGAUGGAGUCGACUGGAAAGAACUUUGACAUGAACCCAGAGACCUUUACUCUGGAUAACCUGUUUGCCAUGGAGCUGCACAACUUUGCCGACACCAUCUCGGACAUCGUGGGCUCCGCCAACAAGGAGCUGAGCAUUGAGAAGAGUCUGAGCGAAGUGGUGACCACCUGGCACAACCAGCGAUUCUCCCUUCACAAGUACAUGAAGGGGACGGUUGAGCAUGGGACCAUACUGGGAGUAGUGGACGAGAUAGUUGUGACACUGGACGACAACUCCAUGAACCUCCAGUCCAUGUCGGCCUCUCGCUACGUGGGACCGUUCCUGGAGAAGGUUCAGAAGUGGGAGAAGAGUCUGUCUCACAUCAGUGAGGUGGUCGAGAUUUGGAUGGUGGUCCAGCGGAAGUGGAUGUAUCUGGAGAGCAUCUUUCUGGCAGGAGACAUCCGCGCCCAGUUACCCGAGGAGGCCAAGAAGUUUGACAACAUUGACAAGCUGUUCAAGAAGAUCAUGACAGAGACGUCUAAGAAUCCGCUGGUGCUGGAUGCGUGUCACGCAGAGAACCGACUCCAAGACCUCCAGUCCAUAGAGAACGGACUGGAGAGGUGCCAGAAGAGCCUCAACGACUACCUGGACUCCAAGAGAAACGCGUUCCCUCGUUUCUUCUUCAUCUCAGACGACGAGCUUCUCUCCAUCCUGGGGAGCCACGAGUGUACCUGCGUACAGGAGCACAUGAUCAAGAUGUUUGACAACAUUUCGAAGCUGCAGUUUGUCCAGGGUCCCGGAGGAGAGUCCAUCGCCAAUGCCAUGAUCUCCAGUGAGGGAGAAAUGAUGGAGUACAAGAAAGGUGUCCUGGCAGAGGGGAAGGUUGAGGACUGGAUGACUGGAGUUCUGAAUGAGAUGAGACAGACCAACAGACUCAUCACCAAAGAGGCAGUGUUCCACUACUUCGAGCAGAAAACUAGAGUGGAGUGGAUGUAUGACUACCAAGGGAUGGUGAUCCUGGCAGCCAACCAGGUGUGGUGGACGUGGGAGGUGGAAGACGUGUUCCUUAAGGUCAAGAGAGGGGACAAGAUGGGCAUGAAGAACUAUUCCAAGAAACUACACGGCCAAAUCGAUGACUUGGUGGUCCAGGUACGGUCUCAGUUGUCAAAGAAUGACAGGAAGAAGUUCAACUCAGUCCUGAUUGUUGACGUUCACAACAGAGACAUCAUCGACCGCUUUGUGAGGGACAGUAUUCUUGAGGCGAGGGAGUUUGAGUGGGAGAGCCAGCUGAGGUUCUACUGGGAGAAAGACUCUGACCAGCUGGUGGUGCAGCAGUGCACCGGCAAGUUUGGCUUCGGCUACGAGUACAUGGGCCUCAACGGUCGCCUCGUGAUCACCUCGCUAACGGACAGGAUCUACCUCACAAUCACCCAGGCUCUCUCCAUGCACCUGGGCGGUGCUCCUGCUGGACCAGCUGGUACUGGCAAGACAGAGACAGUCAAGGACUUGGCCAAGGCCAUGGGGCUACUCUGUGUCGUCACUAACUGCGGAGAGGGCAUGGACUUUAAGGCUGUUGGUAAGAUCUACUCAGGUCUGUGUCAGUGUGGGGCCUGGGGCUGCUUCGAUGAGUUCAACAGAAUCGACAUCUCCGUUCUGUCUGUCAUCUCCACGCAAAUCAAGACCAUCCAGAACGCCCUCAUCAACAAAUACAAGAGAUUCCAAUUUGAAGGAGUGGAGAUUGCUCUAGAUGACAGGGUGGGCAUCUUCAUCACCAUGAACCCCGGCUACGCGGGCCGGACUGAGCUCCCAGAGAGUGUGAAGGCUCUGUUUAGACCAGUGGUGGUCAUUGUCCCUGACCUCCAGCAGAUCUGUGAGAUCAUGCUCUUCUCCGAGGGCUUCCUCAUGGCCAAGGUGCUAGCCAAGAAGAUGACGGUGCUCUACAAGUUGGCCAAGGGGCAGCUCUCCAGACAGUACCACUAUGACUUUGGUCUGCGGGCACUCAAGGCUGUACUGGUGAUGGCUGGCGAGCUGAAGAGAGGCUCCCCUGAUCUCCACGAAGACAUGGUUCUCAUGAGGGCCCUGCGAGACAUGAACCUCCCCAAGUUUGUGUUUGAGGACGUCCCUCUAUUUCUGGGGCUGAUUGGUGACCUGUUUCCCGGACUGGACUGCCCGCGUGUCCGCUAUCCCAAGUUCAAUGAUGCUGUCGAGGCUAUUCUCAUGGAGAACAAGUACAUCUUACUCCCUAACCAGGCGGACAAGGUGGUCCAGUUGUAUGAGACAAUGCUGACGAGGCACACGUGUAUGGUGGUGGGUCCCACUGGAGGAGGCAAGUCUGUCGUCAUCAACACACUCGCUCGGUCUCAGACCAGGCUGGGUCUGAGCACCAAGCUGUACACCAUAAACCCCAAGGCAGUGACGGUGAUAGAGCUGUACGGGAUCCUGGACCCCGUGACUCGAGACUGGACCGACGGUCUCCUCUCCAACAUCUUCAGGGAGAUCAACCGACCGACGGAGAAGAACGAGAGGAAGUACAUUCUGUUUGACGGAGACGUGGAUGCCCUGUGGGUGGAGAACAUGAACUCUGUCAUGGACGACAACAAGCUCCUGACUCUCGCCAAUGGAGAGAGAAUCCGUCUCCAGAAACACUGUGCACUGCUAGUCGAGGUGGGGGACCUGCAGUACGCCAGUCCAGCCACAGUCUCUCGGUGUGGGAUGGUGUUUGUGGACCCCAAGAACCUGGGCUACAAGCCCUACUGGGAGCGCUGGGUCAACGGCCACCCGAACAAGGCGGACCGGGAAGAGUUUGCCAAGCUGUACGACAAGUAUGUUCCUCAGUGUGUCUCGCUCAUCCUGGAGGGCAUCAUGGAUGGACGACAGGGGGAGAAACUCAAGACCAUUCUUCCCGUCACCAAUCUCAACCUUGUGACCCAGCUCUGUAACAUGCUGGAUGCCCUCCUGCCUCAACCAGAUGAGGAGACCAAGGAGAAAGGUGGCACCGGGGCUGGUCUGGCACUUGGUACGGCAACCCUGGAGUGCUACUUCCUCACGGCUCUCUACUGGUCCCUCGGAGCCUGCCUCAUCGAGGAAAGCCGCGUCAAAUUCGACGCGUACGUCAAGAAACUCGCCAACCUCACCGAAGUCCCCGGGGAGGGCAUUGUAGCCGGUCCAGGGGAGAUCCCUGUUCAUCACUCCACUCUCUACGAGUAUUUCUACGACGGGGACGAGGGCAAGUGGGUGCCCCUGGGUUAUGAAGGUCCCCGAGUACGUCCACAACCACAGUCUGCCGUACAAUGAGAUCCUGGUGCCCACGGUGGACACAGUGUGCAACACGUGGCUCCUGGAGCUGAUGGUCAAGAUAAAGAGACCGGUGGUCCUAGUCGGAGAGACUGGGACCUCCAAGACUGCCACCAUCCAGAACUUCCUCAGAGAGCUGGAUCCUUACACUACCAUGCUGUUGAAUGUCAACUUCUCAUCAAGGACAACCUCCAUGGACGUCCAGCGGAAUCUGGAGGCCAACAUGGAGAAGAGGAUGAAGGAUGUCUAUGGUCCUCCACCCGGCAAGCGACUGCUGGUGUUCAUAGACGACAUGAACAUGCCUCAGGUGGAUACAUAUGGGACCCAGCAGCCCAUUGCUCUCCUGAAACUCCUGCUGGAGAAAGGAGGCAUGUUUGACAGAGGCAAAGACCUCAACUGGAAGAUGUUCAAAGACGUCCACUUUAUAGCAGCCAUGGGAAAAGCUGGAGGAGGGAGAAACGAGGUGGACCCGAGGUUUGUAUCACUGUUCAGUGCCUUCAAUGCCACCUUCCCCUCAAUGGACUCACUCUCUCACAUCUACUUCUCCAUCAUCACUGGCCACCUACAGACCUUCAAGAAAAGUGUGCAGGCGCUGGCCAAACCGAUCACAGACGCCACGAUAGAGCUGUACCAGCGCAUUGUGCGCGACCUGCCCCCCACCCCCUCCAAGUUCCACUACAUCUUCAACCUGAGGGACCUGUCGCGCAUCUACCACGGCCUGUUCACCACCCUCCCAGACCACUUCCAGGAGACGGUGUCGUUUGUGAGGGUCUGGAGGAACGAGUGUCUCCGGGUGUUCUACGACCGACUCACAAAUGACAAGGACAGGGGGCUGGUGUCAGACCACCUCAGUGAACUCCUCCAGGGACACUUCCAGGAGCAGUCCGAGGUUGCAUUGCGAGAGCCUCUGUUGUACGGCGACUACCGGACAGCCCUCCAGCCAGAGCAGCCCAGGGUCUACGAGGACAUCCAGGACUACGAGGCAGCCAAGGGCCUCUUUGAUGAGAUCCUUGAAGAGUACAAUGAGAACCACAAGCGAAUGAACCUGGUACUCUUUGAGAAUGCCUUGGAGCACCUCACCAGGAUACACAGGGUGAUUCGUAUGGACCAGGGCCACGCCCUCCUGGUGGGAGUGGGAGGGAGUGGUCGCCAGAGCCUCGCCGACUGGCGGCAUUUGCGGCCGGCUACGAGGUGUUUGAGAUCACUCUCAGUCGCGGCUACGGAGAGGAGGAGUUCCGAGAGGACCUCAAACAACUCUACCACAAACUGGGACUGGAGAAUAAGAAGAUGGUGUUUCUCUUCACUGAUGGACAUGUGGCACAAGAAGGAUUUCUGGAGCUGGUGAACAACAUGUUGACUUCAGGAAUGGUCCCAGCUCUCUUCCCCGAUGACGAGAAAGAGCAGAUCAUCGGACAGGUUCGUGACGAAGCAAUGAAGGCGGGUCGUUCUCCCACACGAGAGAGUGUCUGGUCCUACUUCGUCAAGAAGAGUGCCAGCAACCUCCACAUUGUCCUCUGCAUGUCUCCCAUCGGGGAGCUCCUCAAGACCCGCUGCCGGAACUUCCCCGGACUGGUCAACAACACCUCCAUUGACUGGUUCACUGCCUGGCCGAAACAGGCCCUGCAAGCCGUGGCCAGUCAGUUCCUCGCAGAGAAUGAGCUGAUCCCAGAUGACCAUCAGCCGUCCGUGGUGGAGCACGUGGUCCACGUCCAUCUCUCAGUCGGCCAGUUCAGCAAAGAGUUCCAGCAGAAACUGCGUCGCUCUAACCACGUCACUCCCAAAAACUACCUCGACUUUAUCAGCUCCUACACGAAACUCCUCCGCGAGAAGGACAAGUACAUCUGUGACCAGUGUUCGCGGCUGAGCGGCGGACUCACAAAACUGAACGAGGCCUCGGAGCAGAUCAAGGUCCUCAACGAGCAACUGGAGGUGCAAAAGGUGGCCGUGACAAAGAAAUCUGCGGCCUGCGAGGAGAUGUUGACCGACAUCUCCAGCAAACAGGAGAUCGGGACACAAAAGAAGCAGGAGGCCGAGAAGAAGAGCGAAGAGAUGGAGGAACAGAAUAAGGUGAUAGCGAAGGAGAAGAGUGAGGCGGAGGAGUCACUGGCCGAGGCUCUGCCUGCCCUGGAGGAGGCCAGACUGGCUCUAGACGACCUCAACAAGAAUGAUGUCACCGAAAUCAGGUCAUUUGCGAAGCCGCCGCAGCAGGUGCAGACCGUGUGCGAGUGUAUUGUGAUCAUGAAAGGCUCCAAGGAGGUCAGCUGGAAGACGGCCAAGGGAAUGAUGUCGGACACUAACUUUCUCAACUCUCUCAAGAACAUGGACGUCGACGGCAUCACUGUUUCUCAGGUGAAGCAGGCAACGGCACUGGUGAACAAGAUGGACACAGACUACGCUGGCAUGAGCCAGAUCAGCAAGGCCGGCGGAGGACUCUUCAAGUUUGUGAACGCUGUUCUAGGCUACUGCGAUGUUGCCAGACAGAUCAAACCAAAGAGAGACAGGGUGGCUCAACUGGAGCGGAACUACCAGAUGAGCAAGAGGGAGCUGGACAAGAUGCAGAAAGAGGUGGCUAGCAUCCAGGAGGAGCUGGCUCGACUGAGCAAGCAGUACGAGGAGGCCAUACUGGAGAAGAGGACCCUGGUGGAGGAGGCUGAGCUCAUGGAGAGACGACUCGCCGCAGCCAGCAAACUCAUCUCUGGACUCGGCUCCGAGAAACAGAGGUGGAACCACGAGCUGGAGGAGUUGAAGAAGACUCGUGUUCGUCUUCUCGGAGACUGUCUCCUCUCGGCGGCCUUCCUCAGCUACGCCGGGGCCUUCUCCUGGGAGUUCCGUCACCGGAUGAUCAUGGAGGACUGGCAGUGCGACGUCCUGGGGAAGAAGAUCCCCGUCAGCCAGCCGUUUAAACUGGAGACCAUCCUCACCAACGACGUGGAGAUCAGCAAGUGGACGUCAGAGUCCCUGCCUCCUGAUGAGCUCUCGAUUCAGAAUGGCAUCCUCACUACACAGGCAUCGCGCUACCCUCUGUGCAUCGACCCCCAACGGCAGGCGUUCAACUGGAUCAGGAAGAAAGAGGAGAGGAACAACCUCCGCAUCUCCACCUUUAACAACCCCGACUUUAUCAAGCAACUGGAGCUGGCCAUCAAGUUUGGCUACCCAUUCAUGUUUAAGGAUGUUGAUGAGUACAUCGACCCGGUGAUUGACUCGGUUCUGGAUAAGAACACCAAGGGCUCCGGGAACAAGAUGACCAUCACAUUGGGAGACAAGGAGGUGGACUAUGACCCCUCCUUCAAGCUGUACCUGAACACAAAGCUGUCGAACCCCAAGUACACUCCGGCGGUGUUUGGUCGGACGUCCAUCAUCAACUACACCGUGACUCUGAAGGGACUGGAGGACCAGCUCCUCAGUGUCAUCGUGGGGUUCGAGAAGAAAGAGCUGGAGGAAGACAGAGCGCGACUCAUCCAGGAGACCAGUGACAACAAACGUCUCCUGAAGGAGCUGGAGGACACGCUACUGCGAGAGCUGGCCACCUCCACUGGCAACAUGCUGGACAAUGCCGAGCUGGUCCAGACUCUCGACGAGACUAAGACCAAAGCCUCUGAGGUGAUGGAGAAGCUACAGGAGGCGGAGAAGACGACCAAGGAGAUCGAAGUUCUCCGUGAUGGCUACCGACCGGCGGCCCGCCGCGGAGCCGUCCUGUUCUUUGUGCUGGCUGACCUGGCGGCCAUUAACCCCAUGUACCAAUACUCCCUCAGCUCCUACCUGGAAGUGUUUGACUACUCUCUGAGAAAGAGCCUUCCAGACAGCCACCUUCAGAAGAGACUGCGCAACAUCAUCAACACACUCUCCCUCAACAUAUACCACUAUGCCUGCACCGGUCUGUUUGAGCAGCACAAACUCCUGUUCUCGUUCUCAAUGACUGUCAAGAUACAGGAGGUGGAGGACAGCCUCAACAGAGACGAACUAGACUUCUUCAUGAAGGGGAACAUAUCGCUGGAGAAGAGUGCCCGCCGCAGGCCGUACGACUGGCUCCCCGAGCAAGGCUGGGAGGACAUUGUAAAACUCACGUCUGUCCUCCCCGACGUGUUUGGAUCGCUGGCAGACGACAUUGAGAGGAACGAAAAGUCCUGGCAAGAGUGGUUUGACAGAGAUGCCCCCGAGUCAUUCCCCUUCCCCGGCCGCUACUCUGACGGACUCACUGACCUCCAGCAGCUCCUACUCCUCCGCUGCUUCAGAGUCGACCGGGUCUACAGAGCCAUCACCAACUUCGUCACGGGGAGGAUGGGGGAGCAAUACGUCACGCCCCCAGUCGUUAGCUUCGAUACCGUGUACGACCAGUCCACGCCGCAGUCUCCGAUCGUGUUCAUCCUGAGUCCGGGUGCGGAUCCUGCAGGGGACCUCUGGAAGCUGGCCGACAGGAUGGGCUACGGAGGAAACCGCUUCAAGUUCCUCGCCAUGGGGCAGGGACAGGAGAAGGUGGCGCUGCAACUGCUGGAGACUGCAGCCCAGCGCGGUCACUGGCUCAUGCUCCAGAACUGCCAUCUCCUCAUCCACUGGCUCAAGGAGCUGGAGAAGGCUCUGGAGAACAUCUCCCGGCCUCACCCUGACUUCAGACUCUGGCUCACCACCCAGCCCACCGCCGACUUCCCCAUAGGAAUACUACAGAAAUCCCUGAAGGUGGUGACUGAGCCUCCCAAUGGGCUGAAGCUGAAUCUGAGGAACACCUACUUCAAGAUCCCCUCGGCCUCUCUCAAAGAGUCCACCUGUCCCCACACUGCCUUCAAACCUCUCGUCUACGUUCUCGCCUUCUUCCACGCCGUCGUCCAGGAGAGACGCAAGUAUGGGAAGAUUGGCUGGAAUGUGUCUUACGACUUUAACGAGUCGGAUUUUCGUGUGUGUAUGGAUGUGUUGGGGACGUACCUGAGCAAGGCAGUGGAGAGUGGGGACACCAAGAUACCCUGGGGCUCUCUCAAGUACCUCAUCGGUGAGGUGAUGUAUGGAGGUCGAGCCAUCGAUGACUUUGACCGCAGAGUCCUCAAGACAUACAUGGACGAGUACAUGGGAGACUUCAUCUUCGACACCUUCCAGCCGUUCCACUUCUACCACAACCAGGAGGUGGACUAUUGCAUCCCUGAGGAUGGGACCCGAGACAACUAUCUGGAGUACAUAGACACUCUCCCACUGGCCAACACACCAGAGGUCUUUGGCCUCCACACCAACGCAGAGAUUGGCUACUUCACGAGAGCCACCAAGGACCUGUGGAUCCAGCUGAUAGAGCUGCAGCCCCAGACCGGGGAGGCAGGGACGGGCAUCAGUCGUGAGGAGUUCAUUGGAAACCUUGCCUCCGACAUUGAGGCAAAGCUACCAGAGGGGUUCGAGUUGGACGUGAUUCGUAAGAACCUGGGGGAGGUGGUGGCACCGACCUCGGUCGUACUGCUCCAGGAGCUGGAGAGGUUCAACAAACUCAUCAAGAGAAUGGCCGUCUCUCUCAGCAGCCUUCAGAAGGCGCUGGCGGGUGAGGUGGGGAUGAGUGCUGAGCUGGACGAAGUAGCGAAAUCUCUGUACAACGGACAGCUGCCCUCGAUAUGGCGGGCCCUGGCUCCCGCCACUCUCAAGGGUCUGGGCAACUGGAUCAUCCACUUCCACAAGAGGAACCAGCAGUACUUGCAGUGGGUUAAUGAGGGGGAGCCCUGUGUGAUGUGGCUAUCAGGGCUGCACAUCCCAGAGUCCUACCUGACUGCCCUGGUCCAGGCAACCUGCAGGAAGAACGGCUGGCCCCUUGAUAAGUCCACUCUCUACACGUCUGUCACUGAAUACACGAAUGUGGACCAGAUCACUGAGAAGGCACCGUCGGGCUGCUAUGUGAGCGGGCUCUAUCUGGAAGGUGCACGGUGGGACGUUGAGAACUCGUGCCUCUUGAAAUCUCAUCCAAAGGUUCUAAUUGAGGAGCUCCCCAUCCUGAGAGUCAUUCCAAUUGAAGCACACAGACUCAAACUUGUCAACACGUUUGGAACACCAGUCUACACGACGUCGGACAGACGUAACGCCAUGGGUGUGGGGCUGGUGUUUGAGGCGGACCUGGCCACAACGGAGCACGACUCUCACUGGGUGCUGCAGGGAGUCUGCCUCACCCUCAACACCGACUGA